AUGUUCAGGCUCCCAAUGUUUCGCAUCAACUCCGAUCCAUCGAUUUGGCCAGUUGAGAAUGUCGCAAAAUAUUCUUCUUAUCAGUAUCCUGGGAAAUUAUGUGUGAAAGCAAAUCUUUCUAUCCGUCCAUCUGUCCCGUCUUCGAAAGAAAUGACCAGUAUACUUAUGUCUUGUCAAUCAUUUGAUGAUCAAGUUUCCACUUUUUAUCACCUCACACGUUUAACUGAACUGGAUAUUUUGGCUAGAUUUGUUCUAAGUGAUAGUAUUGAAGAAAUCCUGGGUUUCAUAUUUCGUGGGACAAAAGUUUCAAUAUUUGGCUCUGUGUUAAAUGGUUUAGGAUCAGUUAGUUCAGAUGUAGACCUUGUUGUUAAACUACCAUUGAAUUAUGACAAUUUACAGUAUCUUCGUGAUACCAAACCAAACUAUUUGACGUCGGAUUUAUAUCGAACGAAAAUAAUAUCUUUAGAUCCAGAUUGUUUAAAGAACAGAUUCUUAUCUUUUCUACAGAUGAUGUUAAAGAAAUUGGAUCCAUUAGGAUUUAAAUACUCAAGAAUAUACACUGGUCGAGUUCCUAUUAUUCAUUUGGAUCAAAUUCGUGUUCUUGAAGUUGGAUUGGAUAUUUCAUCGCUUACCAAAUCUCCUUUGAUGAAUAAUGGGGAAUCAAAACAUUGUGGGACUAAAAUGGCUGAAAUUCUUCAUUUCCUAACAUUAUGUAUCCCUGAAAUUCCAAAGUCUGUAGCUCUCAUAAAAUAUCUUGCUCGUGAAUUGCGUAUAACUCGUAAUGGUCCAAGUCCUGGAUUUACUAAUUUCAAAUUAAUUUCACUCUUUAUUAACUUUUUACAAGUUUCAAAUUAUGCACCUUCGUUUAUUCGUCUACAAUCUCUCAUUAAAAAUUCCAUCACAUUGGAUAGUACAAGUGCUUUUUCUGCUCACACUCAUUUCCCCGAUCUCAACCCAUUUCCAUCGAUAGAAGACUUACUGAGUAACUUUUUAGUUUAUGUAUGCAGCAUAAAACCAUGUGACAUAAUCAUUGACCUUCGUAAUGGCUGUUUAACACCACGACUGGAAUCUACUGGUACUGAGUAUACAGACCAUGUGAUACCUCAUAGAAAACAUUAUGUACUCUGUCCAGACCCUACAUAUCCACAAUGUAAUAUCUGGUCUGGUAUCAAUGAGGAUCAUUGGUCAAGUUUUGUACAGAUAUGUCGUGCACUACAGGAUACUUUAAAAAUGCAGUGUAAUAAAAAUGAAAAUUCUAAAUGGGGUCUUCUUGCUUUGACUGAUUUUGAUGAUUGUACCAAACUAAAAUUUAAUUUUUUAGCAUUGUGUGCUUCAGAUUAUUAUAAAGGCUGCAUAUUUCAUCGUAAUAUCAAAGGGUUUAUAGUGCAGACUGGGGAUCCUACUGGAACUGGCAAAAACGGACAGAGUAUUUGGAAAAAACGAUUCAAAGAUGAAUUUCAUGACUCAUUAAGGCAUAAUGCUCGAGGAAUCAUGUCAAUGGCUAAUAAUGGUCCCGAUUCUAAUGGUUCCCAGUUUUUCAUCACCUACAGUAAACAAACCAUGUUAGAUAUGAAAUAUUCGAUUUUCGGAAAAGUAAUUGAUGGAUGGGAUGUUUUGGAUGAAUUAGAGCGUUCCCCUGUUGAAGAAAAAACUUAUAGACCUUUAACAGAUAUUCAUAUACAAAAUAUAACAAUCCAUGCUAAUCCAUUUGCAGAAUAA